AUGAGAACGUUUCACAAGGUGAUGGAAGCCCACCGUCAAACCAACGCCAUUCACUACCUACUCCCCACCUUUCAGUUUGCUCUCAACAUGAUCAGAGGAACUGAAAAGCCAGGACGGAUAUCAGGAAAACUUUUCGACGAAGAGGAGUUCUUGAAUGUCCAAGCAGUCGACAAUCUGUCCGCCAAGGUCACCAUGAAGGUCUGCAAGCUCAUUCAGGCAUGUUACACGGGGGAAUACGAAGUAGGCGCGAGAGUGGCGAGUGACGCUCCCAAUUGGCCGACGGAAACAUUUUCGCCGUUCAUUCGCACCUUUAUCUGCCUGUAUACCGGUGUCUGCAACGCGGCAAUUACCCACACCAACGAGAGUCUCCGUUCUUGCAAACGGCAGCGUCUGGCCAUUGUCAAGAAGAACUUGCGACAGGCCAAGCGUCACGUUCGUUUUUCCGAGGGUCGCUACGAUGCCGUGCUGCAUAUUCUUCAGGCCGAAAUUUAUGGCAUUCGAGGGCGGACGAGGACUGCCGUGGCGACAUUCCAAGACGCCGUGGAUUGUGCCCGCGCAGAGGGGCUGACCAGUCUCAUGCGCCUUGCCAGUGAACGAGCCGCCGCACUCUUGUCGAAAGUAGGACGUUGGAAGGAAGCCAAAAUGCACUUGGAAAAGGCCGCGGAUGCCUAUCAGUGUUGGGGCGCCGAUGCCAAGGUUGAGAAGCUGUUGUUGCGCCUCAAGGAGCUGGAUCAAGAGCAUCCCACCUUCAGUUCUUCGUUCCAAUUCAUGCCUGUCAACAUGCGAUCUGGGUUUGCCAAGGCGGCCUAG